CUUGUGCCAUAUGCAAAAAACAAGAGUUUUGUUGAACGGUUCGACGUCUUUGAACGUCUCAAAAGCGAGUUUUGCCAUGGUCCCGGGGACGACAUCGAAGAUGCUAGGUUUCGGGUUUGUCUUUUUGGCCUUGGAGGUAUCGGAAAGACACAAAUCGCGAUUGCUUAUACCUACUGGCUUCGAAAGGCUCAUCCUGAAAUUUCUGUUUUCUGGGUACACGCCAGUAAUUCGAAACGGUUCCGGCAAGCCUUGUCCGAGAUUGCGAAUGAGUGUCGUAUCCCUGGGUGUAGUGAUCCCAACGUAGACGUGCUGGCGGUCGUAAAAUCCUGGUUUCAGAGACAGUCGACAGUCCCUUGGUUUCUGGUCCUCGAUAAUUGUGACGACAGCGAGCUGUUUUUCAACGAUUCUCCUCGAGCCAACGAUACUAGGCUGUGUGACCUUAGAUUGGACAGCGAGAAUGGGAACUUGGCCCGCUUCAUUCCUGACUACGGCAAUGGCUCGAUCCUCGUGACAACACGAAAUAAGCAAGCCGGUUCAAGACUCGUGCCAGGCCAACCUUCACUCAAGGUUGGGCCAAUGAACCAUGAAGAGGCGGUGCAAAUGUUUCGUAAGAUAUCUGGAGAUUCCUUGUUGUCAACGGAGGCAGCUUUCGCCCUUUCAAAUCGCCUUGAAAACUUGCCACUGGCUAUCGCUCAGGCUGCGGCGUUUAUGCAAAAGAAUUGCAUGAGUAUUCAUCAAUAUCUUGGCAUUCUGAACAGAGGCGAUAACAAUGUUGAAGUGCAGCUGCUGAGUGAGAAUUUCGGGGCCUUUACCCGGGACACAGACGUUCCACGUGCUGUGAUGGCUACAUGGACGGUGUCUUUUGAACAUAUCAAGAAAAGAAACUCGCUUGCGGCCGAGAUAUUGUCAUUGAUGGCUUUUUCUGAUCGCCUGGUAAUUCAGAGACAGUUCAUGACU